AUGGCGCCGUCACCGAUUACAGAAGACUAUUACAUGAUCCUGGAGGUGGAGCCCACGGCCGAGCCGCAGCUAAUCGCGAAAUCUUAUCGACGGCUCGCGCUAAAACUCCAUCCGGACCGGAACGACAAGCGCGACGCUACCGAAGCUUCGUGUAGUAAGAAUGCCCUCGAUUCCUCGAUCUUCGGCCUUCAGCGAAGAGUUCGGCAGUUGGAACAAGAGAUCAAGAAUCUGGACAGUAUUUUGGCUGCUGAGAGGGCAACUGAAGCACAGAAGAACAGCUGGGGAACAUGGUUGUUAUCACCAUUCUACAAGAAAGUAGAAGAGACUGCGAGCGAGAAGGCGCGCAAGGACCGAGAGAGGCAAGAGAGAAGGAUUGAAAAAGAUCUGAAGGAGCGGUGGCUGGAGUCGAAGAAGGCGGAGUUGAAGUCGGAGGGAACUCGUUUGCGGACUGCGAAAGAGGAUGUCGAUGCCGCGGAUCUGCGUGACGAUGAGAAACUGCGGGUAAUUCAGGCCAAGAUACGGGCACGAGAAGAUCGCGAGUGGCGAGAGAGGCUGAUGGCCGAGAAAGAGAAAUUUGCACAAAUUCGGCGACAGCAGGAGGAGCAGCGGAAGAAACAGGAGCAGGAAGCAGCAGAAGCGAUGAGAAAACAAAACCUGGAGAGACGCGAAGCACAGAGGCAAUACGAAGAAGCGAACAGAAGGCGGCAGAAGAUUAUUGACGAUGAGGCCGAACGGCGCCGGGAACGAUACAUGCAUUUCGAGUCCAUGGGGAGAGACACUCGCGCGACUUCCACCAUGCCCAAGAUGCUACGAACGGUGGACUUAUCUACUGCAAUGCCCGGGCUGUGGGAUCGAGGCAUGUCCCAGGUGUCAAGCUUCGAUCCGGCCAAGGGGACGGCAUAA